AUGGAGGAAUCACCAACUGCUGAAAGAAUUUCUGAAAGACCAGUUGUGGUAUCAAUGUCCAGCAUCCAAGUUGAUGACAGUCCCGACAAGAUCAAAUGGAAGAACCGAAUCCCAUUAACUAUCGACGUCCCCAAACUUGUCAGUCGAAUGUUACAAGCUCCAGAGGGAUCCUGGUUUAGUUUGUGUGAUUUCUGCGUGGGCACAGAUAACGUCCAUAACCCUGGAGCUACCAUUACACUCAAAUCUAAGACAAUCUCCGCAUGCUACAAUCUAUUUAAAGAUUGCAAAGAUGUUCUUGAUAUUCCAGGCGACUGGAGAAUUUUUGUCAACCAAGAAAAGAGUUAUUAUAAAAGAUGUGAAUCUUGCAAUAAAGAUAUUGAUCGAUCGAUGGCUGUUAAAGUCUUCAUUCACCACUACAGAGAAGGUGAAUUCGAGAAUGGUACAGAUCUGUUAGUUGAUAACGUCUCGCUGCAGAACAUCGAGCCAGUUCUCAGAUGCAAUACUGAGAACAGCGAGACUUAUAUUACAUUUACGGUCAUCGUCACUAUAUCCGUGAAGACCAAGACAGUAUCCGCAAAUUUUUUUGUCACUUCAAGCAUCAAGUCGUAUAAGCCUGUCGACACCGGGAUCGAAGGGUCAUCCAAGAAUAAGAGGGUGUUUAAAAAACGCGAUUUCAAGAGCAUAGACAAAGCAGCCGAGCUUACCGACGCGUCAAGAUUAAACAAAAGCCGAUACUAA